AUGUUACUCCUAUUGCAAUAUCAAAGCUGUAUUCGAGAGCCAUCUGAUAAAUAUUGCAACCAUUUUAGGCGCGCAAAGAACUUUUUCCAGGUGCCGAUAAGAAAAACAAGCUACAUAAAUAUAGAUAAGUACAUAGACGUGUUAAAGAUACUUAAAUUACGUGCAAAUUUCCAUCCGGAAUGGAUACGCCAUCCUGGAUUUAUAUCUAUUCGAAGGACUCAUAAGCGACUACCUUCAUCUAUUCCAGUUUCACUAGUAUCUGCAUGGAUCUACAAAUCAUGA